AACCGGAAGUACGGACUGUCGGUUUGGAGAGAUCGGCAUUAAAAAAACGGGAUAACGGUAUAUUUGCAUGAACACGAAAUAAAACCCAAUUUAAAGACAAAUAUUUGUGUCUUUGUGAAGCUGACCAGCCCAUUGAUCAGCAAAAUGAGCUCUGGCGGAACAGUGGAGAGCGUUAAACCUCCAAAGGUCGGCUCAGUAGUCGAGGUGACGGGGAAGGGUCAGCGAGGGACUGUGGCCUACAUCGGCGCCACCCUCUUUGCCUCGGGCAAAUGGGUGGGCGUCAUCCUGGAUGAGGCUAAAGGCAAGAACGACGGCACGGUGCAGGGGAAGCGCUAUUUCACCUGCGAGGAGAAUCACGGGAUAUUUGUCCGAUCGUCUCAGAUCCAGGUGGUGGAUGACUCGGGUAGCGCCUCCCCAGAGACCCCCGAGUCCAGCGGGGCAAAGCCACUCAAACAAAAAGAUGUUUCCGAGACUCCCAAAACAACCAAGCAGGCAUCUCGCGAGAGUCUUUCGCCUUCUGUGUCCGGAGACGUCGGCGAGGGGAGCCUCUCUCAGCAGGGAGCCCUCAGGGCCCCCGUCACCCCGUCACCUGCAGCUGCCCCGGUCCCAACUACUUCCAGCAAGGAGGAAGAGUCUCUGCGAGCUCAGGUCAAAGACCUGGAGGAGAAGCUGGAGACGCUGAGGAUGAAGCGAACGGAUGACAAGGCUAAGCUGAAGGAACUGGAGAAGUACAAGAUUCAGCUGGAGCAGCUGCAGGAGUGGAAGAGCAAAAUGCAGGAGCAGCAGGCCGAGCUGCAGAAACAACUCAAAGAGGCCAAGAAGGAAGCCCGGGAGGCCCAGGAGGCUAAAGACCGCUACAUGGAGGAGAUGGCGGACACGGCAGAUGCUAUCGAAAUGGCCACGCUGGACAAAGAGAUGGCUGAAGAGCGAGCAGAGUCCCUGCAAGUGGAGGUGGACUCGCUGAAGGAGAAGGUGGAGGAGCUCUCCAUGGAUUUAGAGAUCCUGAGGCACGAGAUUUCAGAGAAAGGAACCGAUGGAGCUGCGUCAAGUUAUCAAGUCAAGCAGCUGGAGGAGCAGAACAACAGGCUGAAGGAGGCACUGGUCAGGAUGCGUGACCUGUCUGCCUCAGAGAAACAAGAACACGUGAAGCUGCAGAAGCACGUGGAGAAGAACAACACGGAGCGGGAGACUUUGAGGACUCAGAAAGAAAAACUGCAAGAAGAACUCAAGCAGGCUGAGGCCACCAUCGAUGAACUGAAGGAGCAGGUGGACGCAGCUCUGGGAUCAGAGGAGAUGGUGGAGACUCUAACUGAGAGGAACCUCGACUUGGAGGAGAAAGUCAGAGAGCUGAGGGAGACCGUCACUGAUCUGGAAGCCAUCAACGAGAUGAACGACGAGCUGCAGGAGAACGCCAGGGAGACCGAGAUGGAGCUCAGGGAGCAGGUGGACCUGAGUGGAGCGAAGGUCAGAGAGGCAGAAAAGAAGGUGGAAGCAGCUCAGGAGACCGUAGCUGAUUACCAGCAGACCAUCAACAAGUACAGGGAGCUCACCGCCUCGCUGCAGGAGGCCAACAGAGAGCUGGUCAGUCAGCAGAGUGCAAACACCGAACAACCUCAGCAGCCGCCGGCAGAGCUGUUCGACUUCAAGAUCAAGUUUGCAGAAACCAAAGCUUAUGCCAAGGCCAUUGAGAUGGAGCUGAGGAAAAUGGAGGUGGCUCAGGCAAACCGACAGGUGUCCCUACUCACCUCCUUCAUGCCCGACUCCUUUCUCCGUCAUGGCGGCGACCACGAUUGCAUCCUGGUGCUGCUGCUCAUCCCCAGGCUCAUCUGCAAGGCUGAGCUGAUCAGUAAACAAGCCCAGGAGAAGUUUGACCUGAGUGGGGGUCUGGUCCAGGGAUCGGCGCUCCGAGGACCCUCAGGAGAGCAGCGCAGCUUUGCCUCAGGACUGGUUUACUCCCUGAGCCUGCUGCAGGCCACGCUGCACAAAUAUGAACAGGCUCUGAAUGGCUGCAGCGUGGAGGUUUUUAAGCGCAUGGGGACACUUUACUCUGAAAUGAGCUUCCAUGAGCGCUCUCUGGAUUAUUUCAUUGACUUGCUGCAUAAAGAUCAGCUCGAUGAGACCGUCCAGGUGGAACCCCUGACCAAGGCAAUCAAAUACUAUCAGACUCCUCCGGUGGAGACGAGGGCGUCCACCGUCAGGGCUGAGAUGACAGACGCCGAAGGACUGGGAGUCAAACUGGAAGACCGAGAAACUGUCAUCAAGGAGCUCAAGAAAUCUCUAAAGAUUAAGGGCGAGGAGCUCAGCGAGGCUCACGUUCGCCUGAGUCUCCUGGAGAAAAAGCUGGACACUUCCACCAAAGACGCCGAUGAACGUGUGGAGAAGAUUCAGACCAAGCUGGAUGAAAGCCUCACCCAGCUCAAGAAAAAGGAAAAGGAGUUUGAAGAGACGAUGGAUGCUCUGCAGGCCGAUAUUGACCAGCUGGAGGCGGAGAAGGCAGAGCUGAAACAACGCAUCCAUAAUCAGUCAAAGAUGACUAUUGAAGGUCUGAGAGGCCCACCCGCCUCAGGAAUCUCCUCCGUCGUUCAUGGAUCCGCAGGUGCCGGCCUGCCUCCGGCCAUGGCGGGACCAACGGAAGUGGUGGACUCUCCUCUCCUCCGGCAGCAGGUUGAGGUCCAGAGACUGGGCAUGAAACACCUGAAGACUGAAAACAACCGACUAAAGGCUGAGAAGAUGAGGGAUCAGCUCGCCUCCCUGCCUCCACUCCGUCCUCCUAAACUCCCACAAGUGUCCAAAGAAACCUCGGUGCCUCCGGAGGGUCUGAACACGGGCAUUUAUCGGAGGACAGACCAGCUGCUGGCCACCCUGCUCAAGCUGAGUGCUCAGGUCAAAGUGGUGGACAUCACUGGGAAGACCGCAGUCAGCGCCAGCGCCCAGCUGCUGGAGCAGACGGCUCGACUGAAGAAUCUCAGCGAUGCUCUGGACAAACUUAAAGGUGAGGUCGCUGAGCACGUGGUUUCAAACCAGCCUGGAGCCAAAGCUUCCUCUGACUUCGCCACGUUCCCAGUUUCCUCCUUCAAGGCUAAGGAAGAGAAACGGGGAGGAACGGUGUUUGUUGGUCGCGUUGCCAUUCCGUGCACCCGCGGGCAGGAACAAGUGCACCGCCUGGUUCUGUCGCAGCAGCAGCUGCAGCAGGUGCACCACCUCCUCAUGGUCUAAAAGCACACGGAGACACUCGACCUUCCAUUUCAACAUUAUCACUUUUUUUUUCCCCAUAUACUCAGGAAGCUGUACCCUGUUAACGCAAAGCACUAAAACUGCUGACCAGCCGUCUUUGAAGUUGAAUUUAAUAAUUUAAUGUGUAACCUUUGAAGUCACUUUAUGAAUUUGUCGUUUUCAUUAAAACUUUUGCACAGAUUUCGACAGCUCCUGUAAGAACAGAGGAAGUGUCAUUUUGCUUAAAUGAACUGUCUUUUUUCUUUGUAAGUUUAUAUGUAGUCGUCGCUCGUCUGUUCUCCAAUAAACA